UUUUUUUUUUUACUGUGAUACAAAUGUUUUAUAUCAGCAUGUUCCUAGUUUAGAGUCACCAGGUUAAAUGUUUGCAUAUGCUCCACACUGCAUGUUGUUGUUUGAUUGUUGAUUCAAGACGACUGCUGCUCUGUUUUAGUUGCAUGACAUACUUUUGGUCUUUUAGGUAACAGUAUAGUUUAUCACACAGUGUCAGAAACCAUGUAAGCAAGUCUGAGAUUUGUGGUGGAACCAUUGCUAUGAUGCCUUACCCUGUAAUACUAUAUCUCAGUAGUCAGUCUUAAUAUUCUUCAUAAGUAUUAGAAGAAACUUGGGAAAAUAAUAGUAUUAGAAGUAACUUGGUGACUUGCAUUAAAACAACAUAGAGUAGAUGAAAGAGUACCAGGCAUGUAAACAAAAGCUAGUGAUUUACUGAGUUUAAAGACCGUAAUCAGCACAGCGGAUCAGAAUGACAUCAGACAUGUCCAGAGGUUAACAUGCAGUUCUGGUUAAGGAGUACAUGGGCUGCGUUCCAAAGCCUAGGCUGCAUUUCCUGGCCACUACGUAAAAGUGAAGGACACUUUGUAUACAGCUUAGAAAUGCAGCCUAUGUUCCGAGUGAUUUCAGGGACACGUCAGAUGUAUCCUUCCAGGCCUGUGGUUAUUCACAGUUCUCUGCGCGAAGACAAAAAGCACAGCACAACAAAAAUGGCAGAAAACGAAUUGCAUUGCAGUUUGUUUCAAAAUCUCAGUUGUUCAUGUACUUGAAUUCAUCUUCGUUAGCUUAUAACAUGUAAAGUGACUGAGUAAUUAAAGCAUUUGUCCAUAUAUCAUCUAUCAUCCAUAUAUCACAUAUUAUCCAUAUAUCAUAUUUUAUUUCGAAGUAUUUGUAUAUUAGUAGUUUAUCGUACUACAUAAGAACAUCUCCAUUUCUGUAAAGAAAUGAAUAAGCAACAAACACAAUGCACCAGGCUCCAUUUUCUCUCAUGAGUUCCUUCAUAAGUUUUAUACUGGAAAGUUCAUAUUAUUAUUGAUUAGGUUGAGGGUUUUUUUUUCACUCUGAAAACCAAACAAUUUAAACUUAAUAGCCUUUUUGACUGGUAAGAAAUGAAUGAAGGGUGGUCUCUGACUUUUUCACAGUACUGUAUCAAAAUAUUCUUCAUGUCUACUGCUCACCUAGUUCUAUUCAGUUCACAACACGGAAGUGGACACAGCACACCUACAGAGGUAUCAGUUUCUGGCAUAUGUAUGUCUUUACAGGUUAGGAGGGUUUGUAUGUCACUUUUAAACUCAAGAUGUGAAUAUAUUGUUUUAGAAUCUCUGUUUAGUUCUUUUCUCUGCCACCUCAUACUGUCAUCUGGUUUUUACGCUUUUCAUGUCUAGUAUCCAUGGGUUGUCUAAUAUGGAUUUUCUCUCAUUAGUUCCUUCAUAAGUUUUGCGCCGCUCUGUUGAUAUCACCAUGCAGCCUCAUUAGGACUGUUCCAUUUGUGUGACCAAUAGGCUACUAAGGGGGAGUCUUCGUAGGACAGUCCUGCCUUUCUUAUUUGCAUCAGCUAGAAACUAAUUCUAUUUCUACUUUAUAUUUUCUGUGGUUACUUGUGAUUAUUUCUUUUCAAUGGCUGUUAAGAUUAUAUCCAGAACUUUUUAUCCUGCUAAUGUUUCUCUACUGGCUAGUCUGUCUGUUUUUUUCCAGCAUGUCAGUGACUCAUAUCUGCAUAGCCUGGGCUGUGGUAGAAAGUCUCUCAGACUACAGUGUUGCUGACAAAACGGCAUCAAAAACAUUUGAAAGUCUUGUUAUUGUUCAUAAACUGAGCUAAGAUAACAACAGUGCUUCUCCUGCUAUCAUUCUUCUGCUCAGGGCCACUCAAUCCACUCAGGGUGGCCUGUGUAUAUUAGAGCCACAGUAAUAUCUACUGCCAGCCUUCCUAAAUGACUCCUAACAUGUUGAAUUGUAGUUUUAGCUAUUCUCAUGGUGAUGUAAGGUGCAUUUAUUUUCUUCUGUUUUCUGCCUCCCCUAUGUGGCCACCCCCAUAUGGGAGGCACCAGUGCCAGCUUUUGAAAGGCAACAGUUUUUCAUUGUGAAUGACCUUGUUCUAUAUGGGUAAGUGGCUGUAUGUGUAUUGCAUAUCUAUAUGGGUAUUUCAGCAGCUUUUGUGUAUGUACACAAUUGUUAAGACAUGUCCUCUAUGUCUCACUCAUAUGCUUUCCGAGAAAAAAAUGUUCUGAGUUGACCAAAGCAUGUUUGAGAAUUCCAAUGCAACUGAGCAGCCGAAGCAGAGCUUGAGACUGGGCCCAGUCUCCUCCAGCCCAGCAGGACAAAAGAGCAGCAGUGGCAGCAGCAGCAGCCAACACCUGAAGAACCUGGGCAAGGCCGUCGGAGCCAAAGUAAAUGACCUGCUGCGCCGCAAGGAUCCCAGCAGCCUGGGGGACAUCGGGGUCACAGAGGUUAACAAAAACGUGGAGGCAGUGUGGGCCAGUCUUGCGGAGAUGGGCCACGGCACAACCGCUAACAGUCACAUUUCCUUGGACUCCUUUCCUCGUCUGGAUCCACCACCUCCCACAAGCAAGAAGCGUCUUCCUCGGGCUUUGAAGACCACUCAGGACAUGAUGAUCUCCUCUGACCCUGUGGUAGCCUCCCUCGAAGUCUCUGAUUCCUCCCUCCUCUCUUCUCCAGAUAAGAACCGCCUCUUAUCCACAGGCAAAACCCAGGAUCAACUCCAACCCUGCCCUGAAGAGUCUGUUCUGGAUCCAGAGAAACCUUCAGGACCCAGUGCCCCUCUGAAAACCCAGAUAGAGAACAAGGAGAUUGGAUCUGAGGUGAAAGGGCAGUCCAUUGAUACAGAUGCUGUGCAGAUGGCAGAUGAGCUGAAGGAACAAGAUGCUGCGAAUGAAGACCAGUCUCAGCUGCUUCGCUCUGUUCCUGACCUCAUUCACAAAGACAACCUGGAGCUCAAGCAAAAACUGACAAGCUUGGAGACCAGAAUGGCUUCCACACCAUGCCCAGGGAAAGGGGGCUGUCGCAUCAGCCUGAGUGAGGGAGAGCUCCUGGAGAAUGGUUCAGUGGACUACAAAAGUUGUAUGAGAAGUUCCAGCAUGGAAAACGAGGAACCCCACCCAGAUCUGCUUUCAUUUGAGUAGUUCCCUCUGCUGGAGGACAGUGUCAGUAUGUCAUUCUAAAACAACAACCCAGUCUUCACCCCAGGUGUCCUAAUUAAGUGGUUCACCUGGAGAGCCGUCUUCACUAUGAAGUGCUGUUUGAUUUGAAUGAGGUGGAUGGUCACUGAUUCUAGGGAUCCAAGCAAGGCGGCGGCGUCUUUCUAAUCUUUAUUUGAACCACUGUGUAUUUCUAUGUAUGCACUAUAACGUGUUUAUUAUGCCUAAUUUUAUAGUGUAUCACCACAGAUGUAUUUUGACUAUAUUUUACAGCUCUAAUUUCUUAAGAGGAAACAAAUCACUAAUUUAGAUUUUUAAUCAUGUUCUGUCGGUAUGUUUAGCCUUUUCAGAGAUUGUAUUAGUUUUAUGUGUUUUUGUACUAAAAGAUCGAAACUGCAGGCUCAUCAGUAGAAACCAAAGUGAGUAUAUUUCAUAUGCUGUAAUACCUCUAAAGCUGUUCACGCACCCCAUAUCCUGCAUGGGCAGCUCAUUUUAUUUGAUAUUUCAUUUCACUCUAAAGUCAUUCAUUUUCCUUCCAUCAGCUUAGUUUCUCCCAGAAACCAGCAGCUAUAGGGGUAAGCUUACAAAUCCUGAGCUUUGUAGAGCAUAAAAUAGCUGAUGACAAUGCUCUAUUUUGUGUUUUGACUAUGUAAUUUGACAGGGACCUAUGCAUUCACAGUCAAGCAGAACAUGCUGGAGGAAUGAGGACAGAUGAGGAAUGUAGGGGCUGAAUUCCUGAUGAAUAGAAGAGCCUUUGUCUGUACUUCUGAAAGACUCAACCUGUUCAAUAUAUUAAUAUAAAAUAUGUACAAUAUACUGGCUGUUGUUAAUCAAAGUUGCAUAUGAUCAAAUCUGAUUGUAAAAUGAGCGCACACAAAUUUCACUGACAGUUUUGUUAUUUAUAUAUUCCAUAUAUACAUAUAUUUAAUUUCUGGCAUAUCUGUAUGAUGAAACUCACGUCUGGUAGGAGCGUGCGUAAAUUUAGUUAAUAGUUUAUACAGUCUGAAAAAUGCUUGAUUUGCAGUUAACUAAUCAAAACUAUUAUAAAUGUCAUCUAUAAUACAAAUAAUAGGAAUAAAACUAUAAAUAACUAUACUACUAAUAAUCUUCUAAGCCGCUUCUCCUUCUGGGUCGCGGGAGGAGCUGGAGCCUAUCCCAGCUGUCGUUGGGCGAAAGGCAGGAUUCACCCUGGACAGGUCGUAAAUCCUGCAAUAAUACAGUGCUUAAAUAUGUUAUUUUAGAAAUAAUAAUAACACUACACUACACAAUCAUAUUAUGUUUUUUAAAAAUUUUUGUUUAUUUCACAUAUUAUUCUUUCUAGUCAUUGUAAUUUUAACACCAUUAUGUUAGGUCAGUGCAGGGAGCACUGCACUCACUGCUCUGCCACUGGCUCACAAGCUGCUGAAUGCUCUCGUUUUAUUGGUCCGCUACCAAAACAUGUGCGUGAAGGGUGUGCUUCAUGUAAAUGAUAUGUAAAUGAGGUGCUGUUAGGCUGGUGCUUGUUUUCACGCACUGAAGCUGAUUCAUCAUUUGCCUUCAAAUCUGCUUGUUUCAACAUAGUGAUGGUUGGUUAGUGUAGUGGAUAACACCUUUGCCUUCUACGCUGAAGACUGGGGUUCAAUCCCUGACCAGGGCAAGCCCCCUACACUAUACCAAUAAGGGUCCUUGGGCAAGACUCCUAACACCACCUUGGCCUACCUGUGUAAAAUGAUCAAAUUGUAAGUCGCGUCAGCAAAAUGCCAUAAAUGUAAAAGUAAGCAUCAUACAAAAGGUUCAUAAAUCAGACACGGAGCAGUUCAUAUGUCAUUAAAGGGGGUGAAAUCUGUGCUCUGUUUAUGCUACUUUGAUAAAUAAGGGCCAGUAUGUAUUAGAACCAAUAUCCAAUACAGUAUACUCUACUCAUUACGAGUGUAUAGUAUCCCUGUAGCAGAUAUUAAUUACUAGAAGAACGUUUGUGUAUUACCAAAGCAGAGGUCCAGAAGCAAAGCUUGGUCACUCUGACCAGUCAGGAUGAGGAAUAGAGUCAGACAAAAUGAGGCACACUAGGUAGGAAAGCUCAAAGCAGCUUUUGGUGCCGGUUGGAACUGGUUGUGCAUCACAGAGCUUAUAGGGUCAUACAGUGGCUGUGGGUUUGUCAUGGCAAUAACCGUCAAAGUGAUGGCAGGCUUGUGGAAUGGCACUAAUGAGGGGUCUGUCAGUGGAAAGGUAUGAGAACAGGCUCGGUAGAUCUGCCGAAUGUCAUAACUCAACACGAAUUCCGGCUGACCUCUCUUUGGUGUAGGCAGCCUCUGACUCCCCUGACCUUCAAAAGAGGUGUUUCAGUGUCAGACAAAUCUUUGUCUUUAAAAAGGCUCCAAAACGUAACUACCUUCCACCGUCUCAAAAUACAUGAAAUUACAGUGUAUGCAUGUAUAUAUAUUACACUAUGCCUAACCGUUAAAGAAGAAAGCUGUAUUAGAGUUUUAUGAGAGAUAUGCAAUAAUUAGUAAUUACAAUAUCUGAACACUGAAUACACAUAUCUUUUUACAGGGGCUUUAUAUGAAGAGGAGUUGUGCAAUUGCAUUGAGUAAACGUGGGUAAACAGAAUGUUAGAAUGAAAAGCAAUACGUACCUGUGAAAUGCUCAAGUGGUGGAUUUAUUGUUCAAGUGCAUCGCAAUGAUGGAAAUGUUCUGUCAAUGUAACUUAAUGAUGAAUAUCUUGUCAUACAUGUUGUCAUACAUUUAAUUUGUUUACCAAUGUGUCUUACUUUCUGUCAUUACUAGUAAGAGCUACAGUACGGAGUUGGAGUUGUCAGGGAGGUCUCUUAGUCCUGAUUCUGAACACUAAAACCGAAACCGAAAAUUUACACAAGGAUCAUAAUCAUUGUAUAAUUGCUGUGCUAAUGCUGGCCACUCACUGUGUGUUAUACUGGCUCAUAAAAUGUGAAGUAAAGUUUUUUAUGGAAUAUUUUAUGAUGCCUUUAAGAUUGCUAUGUAUAUGUGGCGGGGGAAAACGAAAAGAAAUUGAUCUAUUUUAGUCGUAGUUUUAAAGAUGAUUUUUAUACUGAGCUGUAAUGAAAUAAUGGGAAUGCAUUAAAAAAGAUUCUUUUUAUUACAGUGAUUGACGUAGUUUGAUACUUGUUCAGUGCUUUUUAAACUGUUAUCUGUGGUCUGAUCACUUUCACAAUGUUCUGAAAUGAAGGAAGAAAAUAAGUGCUGAAGGAAAGACUCCUGUUUAUGAAGGUUUUAUGAGCGCACUAAAAUGUAGCUAGAGGUUCUCAAGUGUUCAAGCUUUUAUAUUAAAGACUUUUGGCAAAAGA